AAAUAUUCAGAAACAAAUCGUACGUAAGUCAAGGAACACGAACUGAAAUUUCAAACAAUUUCAAAUAAUCAUAACAAAUUUAUAUUUUACUAAAAACUGUGACUUUGGUAUAGAUUAACGUUUUAUUAUAAAAUGGAAAUUAACACAACAUCGUUGCUGCCAUAUGUUUUAGAUCUGCUUGGUCGCAAUCCUGAUUUGCGCUCUACUACAGAGGAUCUAUGUGACCGUGUCAAGGAUGCGGUCAUGGAAGACGUGAUAAGACCUUUUGGAUCAGUACAGCGUGCAGUCGAAUUCUCUAUCGAACUGGGAAUGAAUAUAGGACUUCUCUCGUUAGAAGAUAAUAGAGUGCGGCUACCAUUCCGACUGACAGCGAGUGCUUCGGUCGAAGGGGGAUCAACAUUAUCGCCAGAAAACUCUCACAAAGUUAUCAAGGGUUUAUCAAGAACGAUUAAGGCAGCUCGGGUUAGAAGGAUACCCAGUGUCCUCCUAGUCCACCCAGAACUGCGCGGUCCCGCAGGUGGACGGGUCAAAAAAACUUGGCGUGACUUCGGUAAAACAACGAAGUGUUCGUGCCCGUAG